AUGGGGCGCAUGCACUCGCUGGCGCGGAUCUUGGCCGUACCAACACGGCCAACCAUGUAUGUGUCGUCGUUGCACGACCCCUACGUGCACCUUGCGUGGGAAGACUUCUUGUUCCGCACAGUCGCUCCAGACGUGCCCGUGUGUUUCUUGUAUGUCAAUACGCCAUGCGUGGUCAUCGGAAAAAACCAGAACUUAUGGGGCGAGGUGGAUCCGCGGGCCAUGAGGGCGGCCCAUAUACCCGUGGUGCGCCGCAAGAGUGGCGGCGGCUCUGUGUACCAUGAUCUGGGGAACCUAAACUACUCGUUCCACAUGCCGAGAUCGGCAUUUUCGCGCCGCACGCACACAGAACUGGUGGCGCGUGCACUACACGCGCCGCCCGUGUCCUUGCCGUCGCGCUUCGGCCGGCCACCCGUGUUUCUCAAUGCGCGGUACGAUCUCGCCGUGUACAGCUUGGGGGCCCCCACGGCGGAUGCGGCACACGAACGAAAAGUAUCAGGCAGUGCCUAUAAAGUCGCGCAGGACCGUGCCUAUCACCACGGAACGCUGCUUCUUCAUGCAGAUCUCGCCCGUAUGUCCAUGCUCAAGCAGCGUCGGCACAACAUGGAGUCCAAGGCGGUCGCCUCGGUGCCUUCGCCCGUGGCGAACCUGCAGGAGACCUUCCCGGGUGCCCCGUGCACCUUGGCGCAUGUGACUGAGGCGAUUCGUGCUGAGUUUGUGCGCAUGUACGGCUCAACAGACGUGCAUACAUUGGACGCCUCGUGCCUCGAUGCGGCGGCACAUGUGCGGGGAAAACAUGUGCGUGUUCGUUCUAGCUAUGAGGACAUGCAAACGUGGUCGUGGUUGUACGGGACAUCGCCCGCCUUUUCCGUGACAGCAUCCACGCAGGCGGUGCCCGAUGGGGACCGCCAGGGCACGCUGACCUUGCACUGCACUUAUGGCCGCGUGGACAGGGUGGAUGUGCGCUCGGCCGCAGGCGGCUUUGCUGAGGCGGCACAGACACUCGUCGGUGCACCGUACGAUGCGCUGGUCCUCCCGCCGCCCUCUGUGGUGCCGCGCUCAUCGUGGCCACUUGAGGCGCGUAUGGCCGCGUGGCUGGAGCGCGCGCUGUGCUAG